GAGAAGUAAACGGCGAAUACGACGUCGUGAGGAGCGGAGGCUUUUCCCGAAGCAAGAUUGGGACGGGGCAUUUGAAAGAGAAGUAUUGUUCCGAUAAAUCUGUUGCAGCGAACAAACAAAAAGGAAAGGAUGAUCAGCAUUCUCACCCAGGAACGGCUUCUGGGAGCUUCACUGGGAGUGGUAUUGACGGGGGUGGUUGUGUUUGAGCAACGCAGAUACAUCUACGCCUCUAUUUCCCAAAACCAAUCUCAGCUUUCACUCUCCAGGUCCGAGAACCUAUAUUUGGAAAAAAAUCACGUUCUGAAUUUGCUCAUAAGUGGAACAAAACAGUGGAUCAGACAUUUGGACCUUUGAUAAAGUCCCUCAGCUCACGCGGAUGGUAGAAAUGUUAUGAGCAAAUUUAUUUUAAUAUUAUCUCUUGUAAUUGUGAUAUGAAAACAUACCAUACAAGGCCUUAUUUUUACCUUGACAUUUUAGAUUUUUAAAAUGGGUGUGCACAUGGACACAGCUGAUGAUGUUUGAACACCAAUGUAAUGUAUUGUGCAAUACUUGGGUGUUGCUUCAAUAUUUGAAUCAAGAUACAUGAUUUUUCUCCCA